AUGCGUAGGGGCAGUCUGAGCACGACAAGGCGUAACGCGCCUCACAGGGUCUCGGCAGCGGAACUCGAACAACUUCAGCGCCCAAGGAGCGCGACACCGCCGCUUACAGCCGCACCUGAGAGUGUCUCUCACCAAGCGAGACGAAUCGCGUCUGGACAAAGAACGCUGCCGGUGUUGCCAGCGGUUGGGACCUUCUCGGGAGGCAGCACUACUCGUGAUGGCCCGGACACGCUCGCAGCUGGCGACUGGACACCGAAGCUAACCAGCAACACCCCGCUCGCAGGGAAGAGACCGGAACGUCCGGGAACCCUGGGCAAAGUCCUGACAUCAGCUGCAGCCUUUGCAAGUAAUAGACUAGUCAACAAAAUAGCGGAUGCAAAGUUUGGCCCCGAUCUUCGGCUCGAUGAGCAGACAUUGCGUCGGAAUGGCCUUACUUUUGCGGCUGCCGUCGCGCAUGAGUAUCUGGAGAUGGUGACGUCGCGACGAACAUCAAUCACGAGAAACGUGAAAGAAAAAAUGUGGCGGCGGGAUAGUCUUAUCCAGUUCCUCGAAUUCGACACUUUCGGUCGAAGCGUCUUGCGAGCGAUGUCCAAAGAGGAUCUCAUCGAUGAGCUGCGACGCCCCGUAUAUCCGGCUGCAGAGGCAUCCUCACCGCGCCGUCGUUCGAAGGUACUGGUUGAACAGGAAACUCCGCUGGCGGAUGCGCUGGACCUCGAUAUUCACCCGGUGAACACCGGAUUGACUCACAGAGAGAGGGAUGGAAUCAUAAGCAAAUGCGAACCGGUACAGCUGCGUGACCUUCGCCUUGUGGAUCCAACUUUUCGUUCAGAGCAGGUGCUACUUGUGCGCGACAAUGCCAUAAUCCUGGUGCUUGAUGAUUACCUCCGCGCAGUCAUCCAAUCACAUCGUUUGUUGCUUUUUAACCACGAGGCCGAAAGGGUGCAGCGUGCUAUCCGUAUUAUCACGGAAAGAUUGCAGAGUGCGAGCCUGGACAUCUACAAUGCAUUCGAAUUUAUCGUGCUAGAAAGCAUGUUCAUCGCAGCCUACUUUGAACUCGAGGAAUUCUAUUUCGUGAUCGAGCAGCAGAUAGAUCGAGACUUGCGUGACUUGAAUCGGACCUUGAGCUCGAGCCGAAUCGAGAACAUGCGUCUGCAUAUGCGCCACUUGACGUUGUUCUUGUCGCGCAUCAGACGACUCUCGCAGCUAUUCGAUCGCGUCCUCGGUGAAGACGAUGAUAUGUCCAACAUGUAUUUGACUGACAAGUACUACCAUCCGGAAACACCGCGCCAUCCACUAGAUCAUGAAUACGUAGAAACGCUACUGGAAAGCUAUUACCAGCUGUUUCAGGCGCUUUCAAAUCGCGCUGAGCUUCUGGAUGAAAAAGUCAACGACUCGGAGGCAACAAUGGAUAUCAAGCUAGACGCCGUGCAGAACCGCAUGCUCGCAUUCAACUUACUGCAGCACUUGUGUACAGCAAUGUUUUUUGCGAUGAACUUCAUCGCAGAUAUCUUCGGCAUGAACCUGAAUUGUCCCUGGUACAAUAUUACAGACUCGUUGGCGCCUUGGCUGGGGACUGUUCUCGGCACGACGGCGCUGGCAACGGUCUUUCUUGGAUGUUUUGUGAUUUUUCUUUCGAGAAAGGGACUCCUAUUUGGAGUACUUUCCUGGAGAAAACGACCUGCGCCUUCUUGGCCGGUCGCAAAGCAUCCAUCCAACCAUUCGUGA